CAAUCUAGAUCCCCAGCAGGAAGUGCUAUUGCCUCACGGCGAUUUAAUCUCAACGGUAGCCAACGGUUUUGAGGUUGUGGGAAAGUCAGAAAACGUCAUCGUCGCCAUUGCAAAUGUAGAGAAAAAACUGUACGGAGUUCAGUUCCACCCUGAAGAUGACCGUUCCACAAACGGCAAAGAGAUGUUGAAGAACUUUCUAUUCAACGUGGCUGGCCUCUCGGGCAACUUUACCCUGAAGUCUCGAGUAGACAAAAGCAUCGACCGCAUUCGCCAGUUGGUGGGCACAAGCAAGGUUUUUGUACUGGUCAACAGUGGCGUCGACUCGGUGGUCAGUGCCACUCUCCUGCAGNUGAAGGCACUCAAUGCUGACCAAGUGAUUGCCCUCUUCAUCGACAAUGGUCUCAUGCGCAAGAACGAGAGUAUCCUGGUGGAGGAUUCACUGAAAAACGUCAGUCUCACCAUGAUAACCAUCAAGGCCUGGCUGCAAUUCUGCAACGCCACAACAACAAUUUUCCUCUCAAAAGAGGAACCGAAUAAGAAAGUGGUCACAAAGGUGCUCUGCCAGACGACGGCUCCGGAAGAGAAGCGCCACAUCAUCGGAGACACCUUUGUCCGCAUUCUCAACGACAUCGUCUGCGACCAUUUGAAAUCGAAUUUAGGGCAAACA